GUUUGUUCUUACGCCCAGAUCUCUACUCACUUUUUUCUGUGGGGGCUGACUUGGCUGUUCGUCAAGGUUACUUUCGGCAGGAAUGAGGCCUGCCGAGACUUGGGAUGUGCGGCCUUGUGGCUCAGAGCGAACUUGCGAAUACGAAGUCAGGAGCCUCUAGGCGCAUUGGGUCCAAUGGACAUCCGCAUGAGGCGAACCGGGGGGCAGAUCAAGCCAGCCUGGCAGGAGAGCAUUGUGGAGCUCUGUACAGAUGUCAUCGUGGUGAAUUCCUCGGCCAGCGCUUGCAAUGCCUGCAGUGCUUGGCAGCAUGGGGCCCUGCUGCUUGAUUCGCAGAGAUCUCGGCGUUUGGAGCCAGAUGUCGUGUCCUUCGGCGCUGCCGUGAGUGGUUGCGAGCGGAGCUGCCUGUGGCAGAGGGCGCUUGGCCUGAUGGGCACCAUGACUGCGCAGCUGGUGCCGGGCAACAUCAUCGUCUACAGCUCGACUCUGAGCUGCUGUGGCAAGGCCCGCGCAUGGCGCCAAGCUUUGCUGUCCAAGAUGCUGCAAGCGCAGCUCAAGCCAAACAUCAUCACUUAUAACUCGAGCAUCUCUGCUUUUGAAAGGGCAGAGUGGCAGAUUGCUUUGUCUGCUUUCAUGAACUUGCGGUGUGCCCAGCUGGAGGGCAACAGCCGGUCAUACAGAGCGGCACUUGGGGCGAUCGGAGAGAGCCAUCAGUGGUGGCAAGUGAUGGCAAUGAUUGCAUGCAGUGAAGCGGCCGUGGGGCUCAAUAAUCAACUACUAAGCACGGCUAUUGGUGCUUUUGAGCAGUGCGAGCAGUGGGACAGAGCCUUGAGUUUGAUUUACCAAGCUCAGCAAGAAGGGUUCCCAAUCGAUCUGAUCACAUGCAACAGAGCCUUAAGCGCUUGUGCGACCUGUGCGCGGUGGCAAGAAGCAUUGCUCUUGGUGCGUGAGCUCCGGCAAGCCAGGGUGCAGGCAGACAGAGUCACUUUCAAUACCCUGAUGCAUGCAACUGGCCAAGGCCGUCAGUGGCAACAAGCUUUGCUUUGGCUUGAGAGGCUGGACUCAAGUCGAGAGGCUGAUGAGAUCACCUAUGUGUCUGCCAUGGCUGCCUGCACUCGCGAGCAUUGGGCCCGGGCACUUCAAAUUUUUGCAGCGAUGCUUGGUAGGAGGCUAGGUAAUGACUUUGCUUAUAACUCAGCAAUUACUGCCUGUCAAAAUGGCCAUCAGUGGCAACACAGCAUGCACUUGAUGUUCAUGAUGGCAGCAGCCAGUUUCAGACCCUCCGUGAUCUGCUGGGACUCAGUGAUGUUGGCCUGCCUCGGAAGGAACGAGGAGCUUGCGUUUCAGUCCUUUCUGGAGUCUGCCCCGCUGAGAGAACCCGUGUCCUUUUUGUGGGCAUUGGCAGCCCUGGGCCAUGAUCUUGAGCCAGUGGUUAUCCACCGUGCUUGUAGGGAUGCGCUCAACGUCAACUUCUCGAAAACCGCUGACUUGGCCCGUUUGUGGUGGUCAGCUGCAGCGCUGGGGGCAAGCAGUCGAAGGCUUCGUGGAUUGGCGUCAGCGUGCCACCUGUCGGCAUUCAGUCUGGAGGAUUUGAGUAUGGCAGUCACCGGCAUAUCUGCACUGGACCCACUGAACUCACUGGACCAGGAUUUUCUGCUGGAUGCUCAGAAAGCUACAGAGCAGUGGCUGCGAAGGGCUGAAGCAUGGCAACUCGCGUUCGCUGAACAAGGCCAGGAUCUGCUCGCUAUCCUGUUCUCAUGCAGGAUGAGCCGGUGCCUCCGGACUGGUUUGCUGCAGUUGUGCCAGAAGGCAAUGCGAACUGUUGGACGUUCGCUUGAUGCGGAUGGGGUGUCCAAAGAUGUUGGAGCGUCAGGCCUUUUGACCGCCUUGGAUCAGAAUGACCGAUUGGUGCUGAUGAAGCCGGCCGGCUGGGAGGUCUUUGGGCAGCACGUGGAGCAUCAGCUCCUGGAGGUGACCAGACCUCUGGGCUUUCCGAUUUUUGAGGACCCGAGUCACAACUUCGGGUUCCUGCACCGCCUGGACGUGCCCAGCUCGGGGCUGAUCUUGGCGGCGAAGAGCUACGAGGCCUUCUACGACCUCCAGGUGCAGCUUCACGCGGGCGCUAUAAAGCGGGACUACACCGCCCUCUGCCACGGCUGGGCCAAAGUCCGAGAAAUCCGCGCGCGCACCCGCAGCAGGGACGGGCGGCCAACGAAGUCGGGCGGCCAGGGCAAGCCCAGCUGCUCGGUUCUGGCCCUUCUGCAGCACUUACAGAUGUUUGGAGCCUUGAGUCAGCUGCUCAUCACAAUUGUCACCGGACGGAAGCACCAAAUCAGAAGCCACCUUGCACAUGUUGGGCACCCUGUCGUUCGGGACAGGAUGUACACCAGCUGGACUUGCUUCCAGGAUGAUGGCAAGCAUUUCGCAAGAAAUUGGUUGCACCGCCAUCAAAUUACCUUCCGAUGUGCAGACGGCAAACCCUGUCAUGUUGUAUGCCAGCUGCCAGCAGACUUGGACAUGUCUCUCAGACAUGCCCGCGUCGUGCGCCGUGGCAAAGGAUAAGAUGCUUGAAAAACCUUUCACACAAGGAUCCAUCACGGGAGCCUGGCAACGGGAACGUCCACGAGCGCGUGCUUCGAUGCGAGGACUAUCUCAGGCCUACACGCGAACGAGGCUUCGGCUUGCCUGCAAUGAUGGCAUCUUCGAGGCCAUCCCGCCCGAGCAUCCUCGGACAAAGCCUGGAGCACUUCUGGCAGUUGGCAAAUG